AUGACUCCUUGUUUUAAAGAAGUAGAUUUUAUCGUGGCAUUGCCUCUUGCAGCUGCCAACAUCCUCCUCUCGGAUAAGGGCGAGGUGAAACUCGCGGACUUCGGAGUCGCCGGUCAGCUAACUAAGACAACCAAGAAGCGUGUGACCUUCGUUGGAACACCCUUCUGGAUGGCACCAGAGGUUAUCAGAGUUUCCUCCUACGACCACAAGGCCGACAUUUGGUCGUUGGGGAUAACAGCGAUUGAGUUGGCGGAGGGUGCGCCGCCCCACUCCGACGUCCAUCCAAUGCGCGUCCUCCUCGACAUUCCCCGUAACCCACCACCUAAACUGCCUGAGCGUUACUCGUCAAACUUCCGCGAUUUUGUCCAGUGUUGCCUUGUCCAGCGUCCCGAGAAUCGCUAUUCAGCCCAGGAGUUGUUGAAACAUCCAUUCGUGAAAAAACCUCGCAAGACAGUCUACCUACAGGAACUAAUUGAAGCCUAUCGAGUCGCACAACUUCGCGGCACUUUGGAUGAAGACGAUGACGACUCCGACACGGGCUCAACUCGACAGCAUGGAGACAAUUUAAAUGGGCAUGUGCUUACUUUCAAAUGGGACUUUGACACUAUCAAGAUGCCCGCUAAUGCAUCUGCAGCAGCACAACACGGUGGCAGUACUAGCGUUGGUGGGAGCAUGGUUCUUCCGGCAGUUCCCGCUCAUGGUCCGCCAUCGCCAAAAAAACCGAUCGCAUCUCAAAUAUCCUCUCCUGGUCGCAAUUACACUCACCCUACUGUGUAA